CUGAGGAGCUGAUCAAGUAUGCAGCUCCUGUCUAUCCUGAUGCUGGUACUGAACUUGGUGCUCAAGCAUUACGGUAAGACCUGGGAGUAUACUCCAAAAAAGUGCGGAAAGCCGCUGCCACCACAGGGUGGAUAGUUGUGCAGGCCCUUAGCCGCGAGGUGCAGAGAAAUAAAGCGCUCGAGAAAGAGUUGCAGGAUGUAAAAGAUUUAUUAGUUAUGACUAAAGAAUGUAUGCGUAGUAAUGCAUGCCAGGUGGCUGCCCUAGAAGAAAAAUUUACUACUUUAGUGGUAAGCAAGAUUAACCGCAGGAGGUCACAGAAAGGAAAAAAGCUAGUGCCUGUAAGUAAAGUGCGAGCAAUGGUUGCAAACCCCAUAUGGGAUCCUGAAGCACCGCUACAGUCAUCUGAUGAUGAGUAUGUAUCCUUUUCUGAUGAUGAUAAUGAUGUGGACAGGCGACAAGCCCGUCCUAUCAUUACACAGCAGCGGAAGAGGACACUACAAGACAGAGCGCGUGGUUUGAGAAAUGGUGUACAUGAAGAGAUGAAUGAAGUGGUAAAAAGUUACACACAAACAGAGCUCAUGGAGCUGGCAAAGGUGUAUAAGCAUGAAGUUGGUGAAAAUGUGGGAGAAUGGUUAUUGCGCAUGUGGGAUGGAGGAGCUGACAGUGUGCAGUUGAAUGCAAGGGAAGCAUUAUGCAUCCACAGCUCAUGCAGGUAUUACGGAGGGUGAGGGAGAUUGGAGGUAAUUUUUCAUUAUUUGAUAUGGUGCGGCAUGCCAUAAUUGUGGCCUUCCCAUCUAGCAAUGACAUUGAGCCCAUUUCACCCUGGUCAAA